AAUUCACUAAUUAUUUAUUAAUACUGAAGACGAAAGUUGUUUUGUAUUUCGUUCUUUCCUUUACGGUUUAUAUAUUGCUUUUAUUAAUUGGUUUUGUUAAACUGAGAGAAUGCGUGAAUGUAUAUCAAUUCAUUGCGGCCAAGCUGGAGUUCAAAUAGGAAAUGCUUGCUGGGAACUGUACUGUUUGGAGCAUGGAAUACAACCUGAUGGACAGAUGCCUUCAGACAAAACCGUUGGAGGAGGUGACGACAGUUGUAACACAUUCUUCAGUGAAACAGGGGCUGGUAAACAUGUCCCCAGGGCAGUGAUGAUGGAUUUAGAACCCACUGUAGUUGACGAAGUACGAACUGGAACAUACCGUCAACUGUUCCAUCCAGAACAACUUAUCAGUGGAAAGGAGGACGCAGCCAACAAUUAUGCGAGAGGUCAUUAUACAAUAGGGAAAGAAAUAGUCGAUCUAGUAUUAGACCGCAUUCGAAAAUUGCGGGAAUGUAUAUCUGUUCACUGUGGUCAAGCUGGAGUUCAAAUUGGCAAUGCCUGCUGGGAACUUUAUUGCCUGGAACAUGGAAUUCAACCUGAUGGACAAAUGCCUUCAGAUAAAACCGUUGGCGGAGGUGAUGAUAGCUUUAACACCUUCUUCAGCGAAACAGGUGCGGGAAAGCAUGUUCCCAGGGCGGUAUUUCUCGACUUGGAACCAACAGUAAUCGAUGAAGUGCGUACUGGUACUUACCGUCAGUUGUUCCACCCAGAACAAUUGAUUAGUGGAAAAGAAGACGCAGCUAACAAUUAUGCUAGAGGCCAUUACACAAUUGGAAAGGAAAUAGUUGAUCUUGUUCUAGAUCGUCUUCGAAAAUUAGCAGACCAAUGUACUGGACUUCAAGGAUUUCUUAUAUUUCACUCAUUUGGAGGUGGCACUGGUUCAGGAUUUACGUCACUCCUGAUGGAGAGAUUAUCUGUUGAUUACGGAAAGAAAUCUAAACUAGAAUUUGCAAUCUAUCCAGCCCCACAAAUUUCUACCGCUGUUGUGGAACCUUACAACUCUAUUUUAGUUACACAUACAACAUUGGAACACUCAGAUGCGGCUUUUAUGGUCGACAACGAAGCACUGUACGAUAUUUGUCGAAGAAAUUUAGACAUAGAACGACCAACAUACACAAAUUUAAACAGGUUACUCGGUCAAAUAGUGUCUUCAAUAACAGCAUCACUUCGUUUUGAUGGAGCACUCAAUGUGGAUUUAUUGGGAUUCCAAACGAAUCUCGUUCCUUACCCUCGCAUCCAUUUUCCACUAAUUACCUAUGCUCCUGUCAUUUCAGCCGAAAAGGCAUACCACGAGCAGCUAUCCGUACCAGAAAUAACAAAUGCUUGUUUCGAACCGGCGAACCAAAUGGUUAAAUGCGAUCCACGUCAUGGAAAAUACAUGGCCUGCUGUUUGCUGUAUAGGGGAGAUGUUGUUCCGAAGGAUGUGAAUGCAGCAAUUGGAACAAUUAAAACGAAACGUACAAUUCAAUUCGUAGACUGGUGUCCGACAGGAUUCAAAGUUGGUAUUAAUUACCAACCGCCUACAGUUGUUCCUGGAGGCGAUUUAGCUAAAGUACAGCGUGCUGUUUGCAUGAUUGCCAAUACAACCGCCAUCGCAGAAGCCUGGGCUCGCUUGGAUCAUAAAUUUGACCUGAUGUACUCGAAGCGAGCUUUCGUUCAUUGGUAUGUAGGUGAAGGAAUGGAGGAAGGUGAAUUUUCUGAAGCACGUGAAGAUAUGGCAGCACUGGAAAAGGAUUUUGAAGAAAUUGGCAUGGAUUCUGGAGAAGGCGAAGGAGAAGGUGAAGAAUGAUUGUUGAGUGGAGUGGAG